GUGUCAAAGAAACAAACCUCUAUGCCCCGCAGUCCUCCCCACACCCACCACCACCCUGUUAUGAAUCUGAUCACCUAUUGGCGAAAAAAAAAUACACCUUUCAGAAAUCUUACACGUGGUGUUCUGAGGUGGACCUCCAUGCCCCCCCACCUCUUCCCCUAUAAAAACCUCCUCACUUCUUUUCACUUCCCUCAACUCACACCUUCUCUAUCACCACCACUCUUACCUUCAACUCUUUCUUUCUUUCUUUCUUUAUUCACUCGUACAAAAUACCAUAUCAAAUCAAAUCAAAAGCUAGCAAACAAACAAAGAAGCCAUCUCCCUCUCCCACAUCCCAACACAUAAUUGCCCCCCUCCAAACCAUUUCCCACCACACCAUUCACUACAAAAUUUGCCCAAAAUAAGAGUAGCCAUGGCAGCAGCAGCAGCAGCAACUUCAACCGCCAUCUCCUGGACCAGGCCCAACAAAAAGCCCAAUAUCCGUUGCUCUCUCCAAACAAUCCAAUUCCCCAACAACCAAUUUCAGCCCUCUACUAGUAUUAUACAUCCAAAAGAAAAACCCAUUUCUUCUUCUUCUUCUUCAAAGGCUGUGCCGCAACAAUGGAACUUGUUACAGAAAGCUGCAGCCAUGGCCUUGGACGCGGUGGAAGGUACUUUGGUCUCGCACGAGAGCCAACAGCCGCUUCCCAAAACCGCCGACCCCAGUGUCCAAAUCGCCGGCAAUUUCGCUCCAGUAACAGAGCUACCCGUCCAGCACUCGCUCCCGAUUGUCGGUAGAAUCCCCGACAGCAUACGAGGCGUGUACGUUCGGAACGGCGCGAACCCACUUCACGAACCCGUCGCCGGCCACCACUUCUUCGACGGAGACGGCAUGGUUCACGCUGUCCAAUUCAAGGAUGGGUCCGCUAGCUACGCCUGCAGGUUCACCGAGACCCACCGACUUGUUCAAGAGCGAGCUCUUGGUCGCCCGGUCUUCCCGAAGGCCAUAGGUGAGCUUCACGGCCACUCCGGCAUCGCCCGGCUCCUCCUCUUCUACGCUCGAGGCCUAUUCGGGCUUGUCGAUCCCAGCCACGGCAUGGGAGUCGCCAACGCCGGCCUUGUAUACUUCAACGGUCGCCUUCUCGCCAUGUCCGAGGACGAUUUACCAUACCAUGUUCGAAUUACUCCCGCCGGCGACCUUAACACUGUCGGCCGCUACAAUUUCAACGGUCACCUUCGCUCAGCAAUGAUUGCUCACCCAAAACUCGACCCUGUCUCCGGCGAGCUCUUCGCUCUCAGCUACGACGUUGUCCAAAAACCGUACCUCAAAUACUUCCAUUUCUCCCCAAAUGGAGCAAAAUCACCCGACGUUGAAAUUCCUCUGCCUCAGCCUACCAUGAUCCAUGACUUCGCUAUUACAGAGAGGUUUGUGGUAAUCCCGGACCAGCAGGUGGUGUUUAAGCUCCCCGAGAUGAUUCACGGCGGCUCUCCGGUCGUCUACGACAAGAACAAGAUUUCCCGGUUCGGAAUUUUGGACAAGAAUGCCGCCGAUGCUUCCGGGAUCAAAUGGAUCGAAGCCCCCGAUUGCUUCUGCUUCCACCUCUGGAACGCCUGGGAGGAGCCUGAGACCGACGAUGUCGUAGUGAUUGGGUCUUGCAUGACUCCAGCGGACUCCAUUUUCAACGAAUGCGACGAGAGCUUGGAGAGUGUUUUGACUGAAAUUCGGCUCAACUUGAAGACCGGCAAGUCCACGCGCCGCCCCAUCUUAUCCGAGUCCGAGCAAGUGAACUUAGAGGCCGGCAUGGUUAACCGGAACAAGCUCGGAAGGAAAACCCAGUUCGCAUAUUUAGCCCUUGCUGAGCCGUGGCCAAAAGUAUCGGGUUUCGCCAAAGUAGACCUCUUCACUGGAGAGCUAAAGAAGUACAACUAUGGAGAACAGAGGUUUGGCGGUGAGCCUCUGUUCCUUCCAAGAAACCCCAGUUCGGAGAAAGAGGACGACGGCUACAUCCUAGCUUUCGUGCACGACGAGAAGGAGUGGAAAUCAGAGCUGCAAAUCAUAAAUGCCAUGAAUUUAAAGCUAGAAGCCACAGUUAAGCUUCCUACCAGGGUUCCGUACGGCUUCCAUGGAACCUUCAUAAGCUCAAAGGAUUUAGAGAGGCAGGCCUAAAGCUAAAUUAUGGGUUAUCAUCCGUUGCAUGUCUUUGUAGAUUAUUACAGAGGGAGAUUUACCAGAGGGAUGCUUGCAGAUACGUCCCCGGAAUCUCCUCUGUUUACAGUGACAGCCCUCUGUUUUUUCUCGUCUUUUUAUGGUUUAUGUUCAGUGAGAGGCUCCGGGACCAGCUUGUAGCUUUUGGGUGUAUGUAGAAAUGGAGCUCAGCUGGUUUCUGCUGAUUCUUUCACUUUUGUGCAUGAUAUUAGACGUGUAUAUUCACAAAAGAUAAUGUAAUAUAAUAUCUGUGUCUAUAUUUUGUUUC